GCGGCUCCCACUGCCAUGGAGACCAGCCUGGGAUCUGGGGGCAGCUGCUCUGGCCCGGCGAGCUGCGGAAGAGGCCAGGGGUCUCGGGCUAGCUGCAGGGGCUGUUUUCGGGCUGGUAGAGCAGAGCCCCAGCGGUGGCUGAGCCGGGGCCUGGGCCUGGGAUCACCCGCUCAUCCGUCCUCACACAUACACAUCUCCCCACAGGGCCCCACCCCGGAGUAGGCGCUUCCUGAUUUGCGGGGGUCGGGGGACAAAGCCCACCACAUCUGUCUCCUCUCCGCUGAAGCCAUGUUUAUCACGGUGCUGUUUGGAGCCGGCUGCUGGGAGCUGGUGAACCCCUGGUGCAGCCUGGUGACCCUCACCGCCCACCUGAGGCAAAGGGGGAGGGUACCCUCAGAUGCGACCAUAGCUCUUCUGGCUGAGGAUGGGCACCUGGUGAGCCUGGGUGAAGGCCUAGAGGAGGGAACUUCCGCAGCCUCCUCCAUGGGAAGUCCCCUGCUGCAGGAGCGAAGGACCUAUGUCCUUGUGCAGAUCAUCAGGGGGGAAGGCGGGGCCCCUGCCCGCUAUGAGUCCUUACUGGAGAACUUGGAUGACCAGUGUCCGGAGCUGGCAGAGGAGCUACGCUGGCUGUCAGGCCUCCCCACAACUGGCAACAGCUGGAGGAGGCGCAUGGGCACUCGGCGUGGCCACCGGGAGCAAGGCCCCCCUUCAAGACCCCGAAGGAUGGGCUCCCUGCUGCCAGGUGCCAGGUGAAGCAUCCCACACCACAGCGAGACACCCAUCCAUCUCCCCAACCCCACUUCAGCAGCCAGGGUGCUCCUGGCAGGCAGGCAGGCCAGCUAGAGGGGACACGGCAGGUUGUGGUCUAAAAUAUACUC